UCCAAUAAUUACAAAAAUUUUGCGGUUUCGGCUGUAAGAUUUAUCAUAAUAAGUCUUCCACAAAUAUAUUAUAUAUUAUAGUUUUAGAUGUUAUUUAAAUGUAGAAUUAGGUGUAACAGAUAUAUUAUUUACAUUCUAUGUGCUUAACAAAAGUUAAUAAACUCAAGAAUUAAGUAAACUUAAAACAUGUGGCGCCAACAGUUUUGGAAGGUAUUAAUCCUAUGUUUUCUGUGUGUGCAUUUAUCAUCACAAGUUAAAAAACAGAAAACAUCAGUUAUAUCAGAUAUUGAUGACAUAAAAGAAUUUAAAAAGUUGCUAAGAACCAAAACAAAUGUGUUGGUUCUGUUUAUAAACAAUAAUAAAGCAUCUCAGCCAGUUUUAGAAGUAUUUAGAGAAGCUGCUGACAAUAUGAAAGGUCAAGCUACGUUGGUAAUGAUGGACUGUAGUGGAAGUGAAGGUAAAAAGUUGUGUAAAAAGUUGAAGGUGUCUACUGAAAAGCCAUACAGACUCAAGCAUUAUAAAGAUGGUGAUUAUCACAAGGACUAUGACCGAGGCAUGAGUGUUAGUGCCAUGGUUAAUUUCCUUAGGGAUCCAACAGGAGAUUUACCUUGGGAGGAAGAUCCAGAGGCAGCAGAUAUAGUUCAUUUAGCUGAUGGAGAGGCAUUGAUCAAAUUUUUGAAGAAAGGAAUUGCAACAUAUAAAAAAUCCAUGAUAAUGUUCUACGCACCCUGGUGCGGCUAUUGUAAGUCCAUGAAACCAGAUUAUGUAGCUGCUGCAGGUGAUUUGAAGGGUGAAGCGUAUUUAGCAGCUAUUGAUGUUUCAAAGCCGGGGAAUUCAAAAAUUAGACAGCUGUAUAACAUAACUGGUUUCCCAACUCUUUUGUACUUUGAAAAAGGACAGCUCCGGUUCCCCUACCAAGGGGACAACAAACAUCAAGCUAUAGUGGACUUCAUGAGAGAUCCCACAGCACAGCAACAGAAGAAGAAAGAAGUUGCCGAUGAAAGCUGGUCAAAGGAUACUGAUGUGGAACAUUUAACUGCUCAAACGUUCGAUAGUGUGCUAUCUAAAGCCGAGCACGCUUUGGUAGUAUUCUACGCUCCAUGGUGCGGGCACUGCAAACGAAUUAAACCUGAGUUUGAAAAUGCUGCAACUAGAAUCAAAAAUGAGAAUAUAAACGGGCUGCUUGCCGCAGUAGAUGCGACGAAACAACCCGAAUUAGCUUCCAGAUUUGGUGUUAAGGGCUACCCAACAUUGAAAUAUUUUAACCGAGGUGAAUUCAAAUAUGAUGCUGGUCAUGCAAGACAAGAACAACAGAUUAUUGACUUUAUAAAGUCACCGCAAGAGCCACCACCACCGCCACCUCCAGAGACUCCUUGGUCGGAAGAGGAAUCUUCCGUUCGUCAUCUCGACUCGGCGAGCUUCCGCAACGUUCUUCGGAAGAUCAAACAUGCCAUCGUCAUGUUUUAUGCGCCUUGGUGCGGUCACUGCAAGAGCACGAAACCGGAGUUCGUUAAAGCUGCGGAAAAGUUCGCAGAUGAACUAAUUGUGGCGUUCGCUGCUGUUGACUGCACUCAGCAUAAGGAUAUAUGCUCCAACUAUGACGUCAAAGGAUACCCAACUAUUAAAUACUUUAGCCAUUUUGAUAAAUUGGUCCAGGAUUAUAGUGGCGGCAGGAAGGAAGCAGAUUUCGUAUCGUUCAUCCACAGCCAAAUGGACAAACAUCAGACAUCGCAGAAAGUAAAGAGUAAUCAGGAUGCCGGUUUUGGAGUCAACGUGGUCCUGGCUGAUGACGGCAAUUUCCACGAUGUUAUAUCCUCGUCUAAACCCACCUUCGUCAUGUUUUAUGCUACAUGGUGUGGACAUUGUUCAACGGUGAAACCAGCGUACAGUCGUCUAGCAACGACAUUGCAGAAGGAAAAUAAUCCGGUCAAAGUAAUAGCAGUUGAUGCAGCGGAAAAUCCCAAAGCAGCAGAUUUCGCGGGCGUACAAACUUUACCAACGUUCAAAAUAUACGCAUCGGGAAAACACUUAGCCGAUUACGAGGGAGAUAGGUCUACUGAGGACAUGCUUAAAUUUUGCAAAUCACACGCUAAGGUAAAAGAUGAAUUGUGAUAGAUGUGUCCGGGAGCGUAUCGACGUAUUAGAAGCGACGUUAUGUCGAUGACGAGGUCGCAAACUAUAUUGUCAUUCAGCAUUUAAUAAUAUAUAAUUUAUGUUCUUAGUAUAUUUUUUUUCGUGCAAGAUUAUUUUUUAAUAUUUAUACACUGCGUCUUUGUACGUGAAAAUUUACGUAACCAUCACUUUUUAUAAGGCUUUUACUGCCUGCGCGCGAAGACGUUGCAGACAUGGCAUGUAUAACCUGAUAAGUUCGUUUAACGCUUUUAUUGAUUAGCUAAUAUAUAUUCUGUAGUAUAAAUGAAAUAUACCCGAAGUGAAUACUUGUUAGGUUACCUAAAGAGUUCAUAGGUGACAUAUUCCAUAGUUAAAUUUCCGUUUUACGUAAAUAUCUUGUUUGUUUGUAUAUUGUGUUAUAAACAUUUAUAAUUUAUAUGUUUAAUAAUGUUAGUUUGAAAUUCACAAUUAGUCAAUUUAAUUAAAAUAUUUUAGUUAAAUUAAAUAAAUAAUUUACAAUAGAUGGUUCUGUUAUGCUAAAAUAAUAUUUAUAUAUGGCAAUACGAAAUAGAGCGUGUACUGUUUUCUUAUGUUUUUUUCUUUUAUUGAAGAAAAUGAUAAUUUAUGAAUACAACGCUAUAUUUUGGUAUUAAAUAUUAGUGGUAGUUUAUGCAAAAUAUAGAUAAACAUAUCCGAUGUAUUUCUAGGUAAAAUACUUCAAGUAAUUUAAUUUUCAUUUUAUAUAUGGUUUUAAAAAAUGAUAUAUAAUUGCAGAAUUUCUAUUAUCAAUUAUAAGACAUGCUCAGCCUAGCGUGUUCGCGUAGCGAUACUAAUUAAAUAUUUUGUUUUCGUAUCAUCACAAAAGCUAAUUCACUCAAUAAUAAAAUAUUUGUAUUGCAUGUCCUUUGAUUAGCACCUAAAACUGAUUCACAUAUAUGCUACUUGUGUUAUUUACCAAAUUUGCAAAAUAGUAAUUAAUUAUGUUUUGUACGAUCAAAGCAAAUACAAGAAAUCGCGGCGCCUAUCGUAAACCUUAUAUGGGCAGCUUUUCGUCAAUUACCUGCAAAUUCUUGACACUAAACUAAGUCUUAAUAAAAUAUAAGAGAGAUUUUAUUUCUAAAAAUUUAUAAAAUAUUAGAAACAAAAUCUGUAUAUACAUUGGUGCUCAUUAUGUUUUUUUGCAAUCUUAUUGUCUCGUUGGAUCUGUAUCGACCUUGAUUUCGGAUCACGUGAUACCAGUUUCGAAUUCUGGAUCAUUCCAAAAUAGAUUGGACGGGCUUAUGCCAAGAAAUUUGUAGAGAGAAUUUUGUACGUGUUUGUUUCUUUGAAUAAAUAUAUCUGCUUUAUUAUGAAUCUAGUGGAGUUGGCUAGUCCUUGUUCAGAAUGGCUCUUAUAGCCGAAAUCAUCAUCAUCACCAUCAUCUCAAUCAGUUAAACUAAUUACAGAUAGCAAUUAGUGAUAUCUUAAAUACAGGUAUAAUUAAUUUUCUUACUAUCCAUGAAGUAAUCAUUAAAGUUGAGUCUUUUCAUUCUAUUGGAUAAGGGAUAUAACGUAGAUAAUUGUCCGUAUUUAAAUUCAAUAGUAUUAGGUCCUUGCAUAUGAAAUUGGCGUUUUGUACGGGAGGAAUAUAAAGUCUUUUUUUUUGUAAAAUGUAUUUAAUUAAUCAAAAUAUGCACCACAAAAUAAACCACGAGGGCGAGAUUCAAUAAAAUCUUUGAAGGUGAUUUGGACUGCCGAUUAUCGUACAGUAUCCACUCUUCAUCACAAGUCAUGCUUCGAUUUAAAAUCCCUUCAUGAUUGUGUCGGUUUAGCAAAAUAACACAGCGGUCGGUCGUAACUCAUCGUUCGGUCGAUGAGUCGGUUUCAUGAGGUAACUCGUUCAAAUUUUUCCGAAGCUUGCAGCUAUCUUUGAAGUGCUUUGUGAUGGAUUCGGUUCCAAAAUAGCCUAAA